AGUCAAGGCACAUGCAGAAACUGCCUAGAGGUACAGCACAGAGCUAAGUCUCUGUCUUUUAAAGACCAUCUAAAGAAAGCAUCAAACUCGGGACCUUCUUGUGCGCUCUGUAAAUAUCAACGUUAACAUUUUAAUUGGCUGGCGCCAUAUCCUCCAUAUAUUUAUUUCAACAGCACUGGCGCGCGUCUCUUUGGUUGGUCGACAGAAAAUAAUCCCCGUGCUCCGCGAGCCGCAGAGUUGGGAGAGAAGUUAGAGAGUGGAGACCUCUACUCUGGACUCCAUACAAUGAGGAAAUUCUGAGGUGGCAAUCCUCGUUCUGUUACGCUCCCUUUGGCUGUAACCAAGGGCUAGCUCAUGAACCGGUGUCCUCUUGCGUGGAAUUCUGUUUUCACUUAGAACUCUGCUGCCUGGACAAAUGCAUACAAAUGCAUUUAGGAGCCCAACGGACAAGGAGUGGACGCGUUUCUCCUACUGCAAUAACGAGAACCCUCCUCCUCCUCCUGUCGCUAUGUGCAGCGGUGCUGCCUGCAGAAGAAGACGACCAAACGCAAGGUGUCGAUCUCCUCCAUCGGUUGGGCCUGACGGACAGCAGAGAGGCCCCUCCCUCCGGGACCAGCUCUCCUCCCCCCCCCUCCCGUCUGACUGGGCCUCCCCCGGGAGCCGGGGUCACCCUUGAUCCGGACGCCCACAUCGAAGCCCCCGCGGCGGGCCUGUUCCCGCCGGAGAUCGGCGAGGAGUUUUCCGUCGUGGUGAGCCUCAGCUCCUGGCGAGCGGACAAUGCUUUCCUCCUCAGCGUGCGCGACGGCCGGGACAGGCUGCAGUUCGGCGUCCAGCUGCUGCCCAACAAGGUGGUGGUCUACACGGGCGAAAAGACCUCCGUCUACUUCGCCCACCGCCCCCGGGACGGGCGCCCGCACGCCUUCGCCCUGGGCGUGCGUCCGCGCUCCGUGUCCUUCUAUGCCGACUGCGGGGCGGAGCACCGGCGGGAACAGACCCUCACCCGGGCCCCGACGCUGGGAUCCGGAGGUGUGCUCACCCUGGGGAGGAUGAACUCCAAAUCCAGCCCGUUCCAGGGCCGCAUAUGCCAGCUGGACAUCUACCCCUCGGCCCGCGCCGCCUCCCGCUACUGCGACUACCUAAAAAAACAGUGCAGGUUGGCAGACACUUUCCGAUCGCCCCCGCCACCCCUAACCCCCUCCUCCGCCCCCUCCGUGGAGUCUGGCACGGUGCCCGCCUCCCGAAACCGCCAGACCCCCACCGGGGCCGGAACGUCUCCCGGCCUUUCCACCGAGGGUGCCCGACCGCAGCACCGAAUCCCGGGCUCCUCUGAGCAAGCUCCCCUGGGGCUCGGGACCCAGAGCUCCUUGCUGGAGCAUCUCGCCCAAGCCUCCACCCUCACCCCCAGGCUAGACCCCGACACCCCCCACACAGGCACCCUCACUGGGCUCGCUGCUCUGGGCAUCGCCCGCAGGAGUACCCCCGCCCCAGCAGGGGGCAGCAGACAGCAUGACCCCCAGGCCGAGAACAGCACGGAGGAAGAGGAACGGGAGAAGAGGACACCCGGGGCAGCCACCGACCCCACCCCGGCUCCGGUACCCCCCGUCAGGCAGAGCUUCUUGAAGGAGGGCCUGAGGAACAAUUCGAGGCCCCGGGUCUCUCUGCCCCGGCCCACAGACCUUCUCCUGGAGAACCAGCUGAGGACCAAUGGCACCACGCUGUACCGGGAGAACCAGGUGGACACCUCCGAGGAACACGGCGCGGACGGGAGCUACGACGUCGACAUGGGAAGCUACGACUACGGAUACGAGGAGCCCGAAUACUUCUACGACUACGACGGCGCUUUACACGGGCCCAAAGGAGAUCCGGGGCCUACGCACUUUGAGUGCAAGAAAGAUACAAAUGAAGAAGUCAAAUGUAUAAUCAUAAAACAUGAAAAACCUGAUUUCAAAAUGCAGGUUUUAAGCAAAUUCUUAAAAUGUGUGUGUCGUCGUGUCGUGUUUCAGGGCUUCAUCGGACCUCCUGGGAUUGCUGGACCACCAGGACUGGAGGGCGAGAGAGGCAUUCCCGGUCCGGUCGGGAAGACGGGUCCCAAAGGCAGACAGGGUGUAGUUGGAGACAUCGGUGAGAGGGGGCCUCCUGGUCCUGACGGCGAUGAGGGGCCCGUCGGUGGAACUGGCAUCGGCGGUUUUCCUGGUCUGAGGGGUGACCCAGGGCCUGAAGGCCCGCGAGGAAUACCAGGCAUCGUGGGAUCUCAGGGCCUGACUGGACACGUCGGGCAGCCUGGAUUGAAAGGUGAUAAGGGGGUUCCUGGACUGAGGGGCGAACCAGGAGAAAUGGGCUACCAAGGUGACAAGGGUGCCACUGGUGUCCCUGGACCUCCUGGACUCAGAGGGAAGCCCGGCCCACCUGGUAAAAUAGGUGAACUUGGACCACAAGGAUCACCUGGCCCUCCAGGACCUGAGGGCUUUCCUGGGGACAUCGGUGUGCCAGGACCCAACGGUCCCCCUGGGCCCAAGGGUCUCCAAGGGCCGCGAGGUCCGCAAGGACCAACAGGGCCACAAGGAGUAGAGGGUGAUGAGGGACCCCUUGGCCCACCUGGCAAUACCGGCCCCAACGGGAGACUCGGAAGGAAAGGCUACGUCGGUGAACCUGGCCCUGACGGACUCGUGGGAGAGGCCGGAGACGUCGGCAACAUCGGGAAAAUCGGACCGCAAGGUCCAGCCGGCCUGAUCGGGAACACUGGUGGGAUUGGGGUUCCCGGUGAAAAGGGCGACCGUGGUCCGGCCGGUCCGUUGGGUCCUCCAGGAGAGAGCGGGCCGAGGGGGUAUCCAGGCUUACCAGGUGGUGCUGGAGAUGUUGGUCUACAAGGCGCGACAGGUCCCCAGGGGCAGCGAGGAACUCCAGGGGUUUCUGGCCCAAAAGGCAGAAGGGGGCCCAGGGGCCCGGACGGCCUCCCAGGAGAACCGGGGCCCGAGGGGACCAAGGGUGAACUUGGCGAAAUUGGCAAGAAGGGUGAACCAGGCUCCAUAGGCAAAGCCGGCGGUCCGGGGGAGAGAGGUGUGCCGGGAAAAGCAGGUAAAGCCGGCAGUCCUGGAGGGACAGGAGAGAGGGGACCCCAUGGUGAACCAGGACCUAAAGGACCUCCGGGGGAAGCGGGACCUGAUGGAGAGCAAGGCCUUGAGGGCACUCCUGGUUCGGAGGGGGAUCUCGGUGCUGCCGGAGAGCCGGGGUCAAAGGGCGACGUGGGGCCAACAGGAGGGGACGGGGAGCAAGGACAGCAGGGCGUGAGAGGGGCUCCGGGUCCUGUUGGUGAGGAAGGGCGACAGGGAAAAGAUGGACCCAAGGGUGAACCAGGAGACCGAGGGCCUGUUGGCGAGGCAGGGGACAGGGGGAUAGAGGGAGACCCCGGGCCCCCUGGGCCACCUGGAGAAGCUGGGAAGCGUGGAUUCCCUGGACCAGAGGGCAAACAGGGUCCUCAAGGCAACCGUGGACGCAACGGCAAGAAGGGAGAGAAGGGGCCCCCAGGUCUCGCUGGGGAGACUGGCACUCCAGGGGACAUCGGACAGCCGGGGGAGAAGGGACUGAAAGGUGCCAGAGGAACCAGGGGCACCCCGGGUCGGCUGGGAAUGAUGGGACUGGAGGGACAGCCUGGCCUGGUGGGAUACACCGGUCACCCGGGCAAGCUGGGGCCCAUCGGACCUCCUGGACCCAAAGGUGAAAAGGGUUACCCCGGCGAGGACAGUAAGACCCCUGGACCAGCCGGGCCCUCAGGUGAACCAGGUCCCGCCGGCGAGCGAGGAGAACGCGGAGAGCCCGGAGACGAGGGAUAUCAGGGUAAUAUCGGUAUCCCUGGAGCCCGCGGGGCUUUGGGACAGCAAGGACUACCUGGGACUUCAGGCCAACGCGGGGAGCCAGGACCGAAGGGAGACCAAGGUUCUAUGGGUUCAGAAGGAAAGAAAGGAGCAAGGGGUCUGAGUGGAAGUCCUGGCGCUGAGGGGGCCGUGGGUUCACCUGGACCCAAAGGUGCGGAGGGAUAUCCAGGAUCUGAUGGUGCCGCCGGAUUAGUUGGGUUGCCAGGACUACCAGGAAAGCGAGGGAGACAGGGUCAGAGAGGGCACACAGGCCUGGAGGGGACUGCGGGUCUUCCAGGGCCUCGGGGUGGACUUGGCCUUCCUGGGAUGAUUGGAGAGAGGGGCCCUGCUGGAGUGAAGGGGGAACCAGGCCUGGUGGGGGAGAGGGGCACCCCAGGGCCCAAAGGCAUUGAGGGUGCUGCUGCAGACCAGGGCAGGAAGGGAGAACCAGGACUCAAAGGCCAACCAGGGGAGCCUGGAGACCUGGGUUUGACCGGCUUCCAAGGGUUCCCGGGGCCGAAGGGGCCAAAUGGAGAUCUGGGUUUGACGGGUGUGUUUGGUCCAAAAGGGCCAAUCGGAAAUUUGGGCUUUGCUGGACCAGUGGGCCCUGAAGGAAUGAUCGGCCCAAUGGGGAAACCUGGUCCAAGGGGUGCAAAGGGAAGCUACGGGGAAAUGGGACCCCAAGGGCCACAAGGGAUUCCUGGACCUAGAGGUCCACCUGGUGCUCCCGGUCCAACCAGACGCAUAUACUUUGACUCUCCCGUUGAAUUCAACGCUGCCUUAAGGACCGAGACCUACCAGAACACUGAGAUGGCCCAGCCGGAUCACAACGCAGAGAUCUUUAGGACCCUGCGCUACCUGAGCGGUGUGCUUGAGAGCAUCAAGAAGCCACUAGGAUCCCGAGAGAACCCAGCCCGGUUCUGUAAGGACCUGCUGGACUGCCAACACAAGCUCUCUGACGGCCGGUUCUGGGUCGACCCAAACCUGGGAUGUCCAUCCGACGCCAUUGAGGUCUUCUGCAAUUUCACUGCGGGGGGGCAGACUUGUUUGCACCCAGUCACCUCUAACAAGAUGGCGUUUGAUGUGGGGAAGGUCCAGAUGAAAUUCCUCCACCUUCUAAGCACCGAAGCCAGCCACGGCGUCACAGUUCACUGCCUCAGCGACCCACCCUCCAGAAGCAUGGUCAACCUCAGUGCCCGCCGCCAUGACACCUGGCUGAGGUUUCAGGGAUGGAACGGACAAACAUGGGAGGCAGACACACUACUUGAACCCAAGGUGCUACGAGACGAGUGCAAGAUCCAAGAUGGCAGCUGGCACCAGUCGAGUUUCGUCUUCCACACUCAGGACAGCCGUCAGCUCCCUAUAGUCGACAUGCAGGAGCUCCCAGCACCACAAACCAAAAGCCAGCAACACCUAGAGGUGGGACCUGUCUGCUUCCUCUAAGGCGACCAACCAGAACCUGCCCUGAAUAUUUAUAAACUACAACCAAACAAGCUGUCACACAAAAUGGCGGCUUCCCAAGGAGUCUCUCAAAGUCAGGUGGGGGUGGAUCUCCUUUUGUGAGAGACAGGCGACCUGUCCAGCUGGAUGGCCUUUUGACUUCUGAGGAAAAAUUCAGUCCAUAGGACACCUCAGGCCCGGACAGCCUCAGGACAACAGUGUAUACCAAUAUUUAUCAAAUAAAUGUGUAAAGUAUUUUUGGUUUGGAUGUUUGUUUAAAAAAAAAAAAAAAGUGCUUUGGUUCACUGCAUCUUGGACCGAUGGUUCUCCCUGAUCUCAGGGAAGGGCUGGUCCAAGUAACACCCACUGAAAACCCCAUAGUUUGUUCCUCCUUUCCCCCUCAUACUGCCAUCCUCCAUCCUAAGCAGGGGCCUAGUCCAAAGGAGAGCUCUAAAGUUCUUAAUAUGAGCAUUGUCCAACUGCAGGCUCCUAAGAGUGCAAUAGCUUGUGGAUUAAGCGUGAGAGAUUAGAGCAUUGCAUAUUCAAUCAGGGGUCCUCUUGGACCUUGUGGUUCUAUGUCAGUUUCAAAUCUGUUGU